CUCAAUGAUAGAGAGGUGUGCAGCGAGUACAGGCGGACCGCGGCCUCUUUCGUUCAGCACCACCUCCGCUCUCACAGACGAAAGUGAAACACAGGACUCAUCACCGAUCCAAGGGAUUUUAUUACCGAAAAUUAAAAUAAAAUAAAUGUACAAAGCGAGGUGAUGGCGCCUGCGUUUCUUGCGGGGGGAGAAGAAGCCCCCACCGCGUCCUCAGACGGGCUGCGCGACAGAAAAGGGCCUCAGUCUCGGCCGAGAUACCGCAACAUGGUGAUGAAACAGGUUUUGGACGUCGACAAAACUAUCGCGCAUCUACUCGAAGUCGGAAAAAGGAAACAUGACAAACAGAUGACCCUGGCCGAAUGGCAGAUCCGAGACCUCUGCCAGAUCGCGAGGGACAUCCUUCUGAGCCAGCCGAUGCUCCUCGAGCUCUGCUCUCCGGUCAACAUCGUCGGCGAUAUACACGGCCAGUUCCAGGACCUCCUGCGGCACCUGGACAAACUCGGAUACCCUCCGUCCGCCAACUACCUAUUCCUAGGCGACUACGUCGACAGGGGAAAGAACUCCUUAGAAACUAUUUGCCUUCUACUAGCCUACAAAAUUAAGUACCCCAACAAUUUUUUCCUCCUCAGGGGUAAUCACGAAUGCGCUUCAAUCAACAGGGUUUACGGUUUCUACGAUGAAUGCAAAAGACGGUAUACGGUCAAACUGUGGAAAACGUUCACCGAUCUCUUCAAUUGUCUUCCUGUUGCUGCAUUAAUUGAAAGUACAAUAUUCUGCAUGCACGGAGGUUUAUCACCACAAUUAGUCGAUUUAAAUCAGAUUAAGAAAAUUCCUAGGCCGCUUGAUGUACCAGAAAGUGGACUCGUAUGUGAUCUUCUCUGGGGUGAUCCAGAUGAGAGAGUCGUCGGCUGGGGACAGAAUGAUAGGGGUGUAAGCUACGUUUUUGGAACCGAUGUCGUAAGGUGGUUCCUGAGGAGGCAUCGAGUUUCACUCAUAGUCAGAGCCCAUCAAGUCGUCGAAGACGGCUACCAGUUCUUCUCCAAAAGAGGUCUCCUUACGCUCUUCUCAGCUGCCAACUACUGUGGCGAAUUUGAUAACGCCGGAGCAGUCAUGUCCGUCAGUGAAGAUCUCACCUGCUGCUUCAGCAUCCUUCCCCCGGACAAAAAGAAGCUCCUGAGAGUCAAAUAACUUGACGAUUCUCACCUAUUUCUAAUAUGUACAAACAAUCGCCAUCAGGGAAGAGCUCUAUAAUAGAUGCAACACAAUACAAGAAGAAUUUUUAUUUAUUCACAUGAAAACAUUUUAGCUUUAGACUAAAUUAAAGAGUGUACACCCUGAUAACACUGAUUGAUAUUUAUUUCCGGGUGGGAUCGUGAAAAACAAAAUCUGGUUUAACGUUACCUGAAUAAGAUUUUCUUUAUUGUCAAAUGUUACCAAUUUUGCCUUAAAAUAUUUUUUACGCAAUUUUAGCUUUUAAGACUGAUGCAGUGUCAUGUUAAAUUCUAGUUAGGUCUCGUCAUUUGUUGUUGAAUAAAAUAAGUAAACAUUAAGCAUAAGUCUUGGAAAAUUGUUUUUUUGGAGAUAUUUUGUAUAUAUAAAAA